UACUCAGAUUUCAUACCUGUGAGUGUGAGAGUCUGCGGCAUGGACCACCCUCUCUUCCUGAACUUGGCCCUGCCCCAGCAGCCUCAGCCAGCCACUGCACCAGCACCUCCAGUCACCAGUCAAGUCAAUGGUCUCCCACAAGAAUCAAAGCUCGCUACAUAUAUCAGUAAUCGCCAGCAGUUGUCGGCCACUCAGCAAACAGAGCAGCAGCAACAGCAGUCCCUCACCAAGAGUGUCGCAGCCUUGAGUCUCGAUGGUGUGGGGGCACGGAAAGUGAACAUGUGGGAGGAACACCAGAAUACUGUGCCAGUGAGGAGAAGAGAGCUGGUUGGAGAGGAGAGAUCUAUGUCCUGUGGGGUCAGAGCACAAGUGGUGCCAUCAGUAAACAACAUCACUGAGUUCAUCCCAGGCUCAGGUGGUAAUGGAGGCUUGGCCCACUCUGCCUCUACUCCCUCCUUCCAUUCAUUUUCUGGGCUUGGUUCACCCAGCCUGACCACACCCUCAUCUCUGGGCUUCACCUCCAUGACACGCUCUUCACCAGCAGCCUCUGUUGCUUCCCCACAAAGGCCAAUAUCCCCCCAGGAUUCCCCCAGCAGAGGGAGGUGUACUUCCCCCAAUGCUGGAGGACAGGAGGACAAUGGUAGUGCUUCCAACUUACCUACUUACCAAGAAAAUGUGGGAGGCACUACCUACUUCUUCACUGCCCAAGACCAGCCACCUUUUGCCAACACUGGAGCUACUGCAUCACCAUCUCCCUUCACUGCAGCACCUCAGCCCACCCUGGUGUUCCCCCCUUACCAUGUCCUGCCCCCCACCCCUGCCCAUGUCCACCAUCUCCGAGCACCAGCCAAUGCCCCACACUUCUUCAUGGGUGAUGAGUUGCGCCAGCACCUGCUGGAGAAACAUGCCCUUACCUUGGCCCAUGUUGACCAUGAGCAGUUUCCAGACUUGCCACAGGAAGUAGACAUGUACCACGAGCUGGUGCCCAUGGAACCCCAGCACAAUGUUAACAAAUCCUCCAUAUUUGGCUACGCUACCUCAGUGUACAAGGCCACCAACAUCAAAACGGGCUUGCGGUAUUGUCUCUAUCGCAUUCAUGGCUACCGUCUUAACAACGUGAAGGUCACCCAAUUAGUGGACAUGUGGAAGAAACUGCAACAUUCCAGUGUGACUCAGCUGAGGGAGGUCUUCACCACCAAAGCCUUUGGUGAUAACUCAAUUGUGUUUGUGUACGACUAUCAUGCCGGUGCGGAGACCCUCGCUGCCCGCCACUUCUCCUCCUCCAGCAUGCUUGGCUCCAACGGCUGGGAGACACUGGCCACUCCCCUACCAGGCAAUGGGGCCAGUGAGUCCUCAGCUCGGAGCAUCCACAAAUCACACCGCCACAACUCCGGCAAUGGUUUGCUCCCAGAAUCUACUUUAUGGAACUACAUCAUCCAGCUGACUGGAGCACUGCGGGCCAUCCACACGCAGGGUCUGGCCUGCCGCACCCUCGACCCAACCAAGAUCCUCCUUACUGACAAUAAAUCCAGGAUCAGAAUAAACUGCUGUGGCAUCCAUGACGUGUUGAACUUUGACCCAAACGCUGCCAAUCCUCUGGCCAACAUGCCGCAGUAUCAGCAAGAUGACUUGAUGAGCCUUGGGAACCUGAUGGUUGCCUUGGCAUGUAACUCCUACAUGGCCCUGCAGCGAGACAGCAUCCAAACUGCCAUUGAACUCAUUAAUCGCUCCUACUCCCGUGACCUGUCCAUGUUGGUGGUGUGUCUCCUCACCUCCCAGCGCAUCAAGAGUAUCAACGAUGUUAUGCCUAUGAUUGGUGCAAGGUUUUACACUGCCCUGGAGACUGCCACCCAGCGUGCCGAUGUGUAUGAGUCAGAGAUCGCAAAGGAGGUCCACAAUGGUCGCCUUUUCCGCCUCCUGACAAAGCUCAACACCAUUGUUGACCGGCACCAGCUGCACAUGGACACUUCCUGGAGUGAAACAGGGGACAGGUACAUGCUGAAACUCUUCAGAGAUUAUGUCUUUCACCAGACUACUGAGGAUGGUCGACCGUGGCUGGACUUGGCCCAUGUGGUGAUGGUUCUUAACAAAUUGGAUGCUGGUUCUCCAGACAAAAUAUGCCUGAUGUCACAUGACGAACAAAACAUCUUGGUAACGUCAUAUAGUGAACUGAAGAGGUGCUUUGAGCGCUCCUUUGCUGAGUUACUGCAAGCUGCUUCCUCUCACAAGACCUCUUUGUCCUAGCAACAUCUAUAACAUUGGCUGUCACCUUACCUGCCUGUGUUGAUUCAGGCAGGGGAGAAAGCUAACCACAAGUUGUUUGCCACGCUUUUUCUCCAUUCUUUGUUUGGCAGCUUGGCCAGAGCUUUCAUUCUGUGCUGAAGCUGUGACCAGACAUCCAUCAGAGUAUGUGACAGCAGGUAUCAUAGGCUUAGUGUUUAAUUUGUUCUUGAAACACUUACCCAACUUUGGUCCCUCCAUUAGAGGAAACCAGUUUUUACAUUCAAGACCAGGUCCAAUGUUUCAUCCAUCAUUAUUGCUAAGAAGUACACUGUUCUUUGGCAUAACUUUAUUUUUGCUUUCUGUUGUUCUUUUACACUGGUUGAACAGUGUAUUUUCCUUUGCAUUGCCUUUUGUUGAACAUGUUACUUUGGAAUGAGAAGCAUCAUUUGGUGACUGGCAGGUGUAGCAAAGUAAGGAGCAUCACAUGUGGCUUGUAGAGGAAAAAGCAGCUUGUAGGACUGCACCUAACACAUCAUCUUUAUUGGAAUGCAUUUUGAUUUACACUGUCUUUAUGUUGUUAUUACUUUACUAAUGCAUCAUGCUUCUCUAAGUUCACUCCUCUAUAAUAAACCAAAAUUGUAUGACAUUGUUAAAUCAUCCAACAAUGGAUUUACUGCCCUACAAGCGAUGGUUUCGGAAGACUUAGCAAAAGUACCACUUUCAUUCUCCUGCUUGUAAAAAAGAAAAUAUCAUUGACUUAGAUUUGCAACAGCUUGCUCGCUCUCUCUCUCUCUCUCUCUCUCUCUCUCUCUCUCUCUCUCUCUCUCUCUCUCUCUCUCUCUCUCUCUCUCUCUCUCUCUCUCUCUCUCUCUCUCUCUCUCUCUCUCUCUCUCUCUCUCUCUCUCUCUCUCUCUCUCCCUCCCUCCCUCCCUCCCUCCCUCCCUCCCUCCCUCCCUCCCUCCCUCUCUCUCUCUCUCUCUCUCUCUCUCUCUCUCUCUCUCUCUCUCUCUCUCUCUCUCUCUCUCUCUCUCUCUCUCUCAUCUCUCUCUCUCUCUCUCUCUCUCUCUCUCUCUCUCUCUCUCUGAAAUGAUGACUGUAAUUCAAGAUGCAAGAUAGGGUGGACACAGUUUUCUUAAUUGCUGAAAAAAAAAACACAGAAUCAAAAGGUAAAUGCAAUCCUAUAAAUUUGAUGACCUGUGUUAGUCAGUCAUGAUAUCUGAUUAUUUUUUUUUCUUUGUACAACAAGAAAGGGCUGAAUGCUGUUUGUUUCCAUUACUUGUUAUUUCUUUAGUUAGCAUUUGUAGUGAGUUUUUAGUGUUACUUUAAAUGGAGAUUCCUAGAAACAAAUAGGAGUUCUAAUUUUAUAAUAAUGUAUAUGUAAUGACCUGAUAUUGAGGAAGUUAAUUUUUGGUUUUGUCAUUGGUUUUGAAAUCCUCACUGAGGCCACAUGUUGCAUGGGGAUUGAAUCGGGUGGUGCCUUGUGUAAGGCGUGAAGGCCUGGGUCGCAAGCCAGCAUCCUUGCUGAACAACUUUUAGAUAAGGAAUAAUUGCCAUAUUUAUUUGAAAAGUUUUAUUUUACUUAUUUUGUCAAGUUCAUUUUUUUCUGAGCAAGAAGCUUUUUUUAUUUAUGUUAUAGUAUAUUUUAAUUGUCAGCUGUUUUUUUAUUUUACUUAAAGACUUGUGGAUGAAUUGGAAGGACAUUCUGAGGCACAGACAAAAAACUGAGUGAAGGUGGCUCAAAAAGUGUUAGUGGUGUUGUAUAGUGAUGUAAAGAAGUUAAUAUUAAGUGUGUGACAUUUGCUUACUACGAAAAGUGAACCAUCCAUGCACCUCUUGUACAAAGCUCUCCAUGAUGCAACCUCAAGUGUUCUCAGAGUGAACUGUUCAACGUCCGAUGUACAUUGUUGACACUCCACAUAUCAGCUGUGUUAUCCUUAAACUGCCCAGUGUUUAGUAUACUAUUCUAUGGUGUAAAGACAGCAAGCUGAUACUGUUAUAAAGUUGACUUGUAAAAGGUGUCUUCCUGUACAAGGCCAGCUGCCUUCCAAAUGUUACUUGAAUGAAAACACAGACAAAUGGCAGACUGAUCAACUUGUUUGUGACUCGACAGUACUGGUCACACCAGAAAUUUGUGAUGCCCUGUUGAAAAUCAGUGACCACAUGUAGGGGCAACAACUUUGGUAGUGGUAGUUGUGGUGGUAGUGGUGGUGGUGGUGGUGGUGGUGGUGGUGGUGGUGGUGGUGGUGGUGCACUAACAGGCAGGUGGACUGGAACAUGCUGAGGCCAAUCCUUGCCAAGGCUGAUGUGGAAAAGACUGACGCUUUUAUAUUUUUGAACUUUGCUGUGGUGUUUGGGUGAGAAACUAAAGCUUACCUGUUUUAGUGUGAUAUUCCAAUUAUUUUGGAAAAAAAAGUGACUAGUAGCAUCAUAAAGAUAUAACAACCAGUGUGGUGUGUGUGUGUGUGUGUGUGUGUGUGUGUGUGUGUGUGUGUGUGUGUGUGUGUGUGUGUGUGUGUGUGUGUGUGUGUGUGUAUGCCUGCAUGCAUGCAAAUGUGGGUGUAUAUGAGUGUGUAGGGCUCAGUGUCUGCACACCAGUUUAUACAUGUAUGUAUAUAUUUAUGCACAUACAUGUGUAUGGGUGUUUGGGGCUCAGUGUCUGCACACCACUGUAAGCAUUUUAAGAUUCAUAUGUAGUAUACAUAUAUUUAUAUUUUUUGUCAUAAAUGGUUUGCUACCCUUAAGAAAUUAAACAUAUUUGCAUUUAAGUUGGAUGAUAUAAUUUUAUAGAUUUUUCCCCUUGAAAGCCUCAUGAGGUGAUUAACAACAAACAAACCAAUACAAUACUCUACAUUUUGUAAAAUUGCCUCAUUUACCAGGUCACUUUUGACAAAGGUUCAAAUUACUUAUUGGCUCAGGUGAAACUCAUUAAGUGGUAAUGUUUUAGUUUUAAUAUCUGUUAAAGAAACCUAAAGGUCAUGUGCCUCCCUACUCAUUUGCUCCAUUUUCCCUCAUCAGUUUUUCAAUCAUUGAUCACAAACGAAGAGUACAAAUUUUAUCACAUCCAUUGUAAUUCUCAGACAAUUGUUGCGGCAUUUCCCUCCCCCCAUCCCUAUAAGUAUGAGUGGAUUCUUCACAAAUAUCUAAAGACUUGUUUUCUGGGUACUGUCAGAAAGUCCAUCAACAGCUACCUCGGCUUUGAGUUUUACACUGCAUUCAUAAUUAUGUUAUGCACAAAAAUGACAAGCAUACUUUUUAUCUCAUUCAUGUGGGACCAUUUCUGUAUUUUACCAUUUAUUCCCCAAUCAAAAAUGUGUUCGGUCAAAGUAUUCAGUCAUGCAAUAGAUAGACUGUCAGUAUCUCUCCAUGUACCUAAUAAGAAUGAUAUUAACAAGUAAGAGUGUAAGGGUGAAAGUGCAAGACUGUAUUCCAUAUUUUGCAAGCUGUUGUUAAAAGCUUUACACCUGACCUCUAGGGCUGGUGAGUCAGGGCUGACCUCAUGGGUUCCCUACAUUAUGCAGGAUUUGCACUUUUCUGAGCUUAAAAGAUUUAUGACAUAUUGUAAUGUGCCAGAUAGAUGUCUCUGCACCUUCGUGGUCUGUGAGGAGGGAGUUGCAGACUGUAGGGUGUCUGUGAGCUCCCCUGAGUGUUGAUAGAAACCUUGGAGAGAAGCAUAAGUGUCAUAACAUGAAAACACGUACACAAAAUUAAGCAAUAUUGCAUUCACUCUUACAUCCCUUUUCUCUCUCUCUCUCUCUCUCUCUCUCUCUCUCUCUCUCUCUCUCUCUCUCUCUCUCUCUCUCUCUCUCUCUCUCUCUCUCUCUCUCUCUCUCUCUCUCUCUCUCUCUCUCUCUCUCUCUCUCUCUCUCCAGGGUCUCUAGGAGUCAAGCAUACAAGUUUGUCACAUGUACUAUAGUGAUUGCUCAAUGUUUAGUCAGAUCUCAUUACAAUUGCCUGUAUAAUAAUUUCUCAUUUAUUUGUUCUCUUGUUUGUAAGUCAUUUGUAUAUAAUAGUUUGAGGUACAUCUUAUUAAAUUAAAAGUGCAUGGAAUGCAUACAAUUGAUCCCAUUCUGUUCACCAGGCCCUUUGUUUCUCCACUUGAUGCCCAGACUGCUGCUGAAUUAGAAUAACAGCCAAAAUAGAUGUGUUAGUCUCUGCUCUAGUUUGAACAUUUUGUACAGAGGAAGUUAAGAUGACAUAGUUGUAGUACCUUCAUUUCCAAGUUUGUUUUGUAAUUAAAGACUACUUUGAGAGGAUUUGUUACCAGUAUGAUCACAUAAUGGUCAGAUAUCUUUAUUUUUAAGAAUUUACUUUUUCUUUACAUGAUGUGUUUUUCUUUGUUGCAUGACAUUGACACCACCUGGCUAUUGUAGCUUGACUGUUGGCAGUUUUAGAUGAGUCAGCACUGGAGUGAGUAAUCAAGGGUAACCAGUAAACUAUGGUAGGAGUAGUGAUUUUAAUACAAGUAUGAUGUAAAAUUUGGGAAUGGGUUUGUACAUUAUUGAUUCAUUUGAUGAGAAACGAGAAACUAUUUAUUGUGACCUAUAUAUAUCACAGUAAGUAGUGUAACAGUUCCUUUGCACAAAUUUAAUAGUAAAUUAAUCAUAAGUUAUGACUGAAGAAAGCAGGAAAAUGGAAUUUUGCUAACUUUGUUUAGAAAUUGCAUUGGAUGUAUCAAAAAAAUUAUUUACUCAUUUUGCCUUGACAAAGUCGGUUUAUCAGCCAACCAAUUAAAAAGACAGCUUAUUAUGUGGGAUGUGGCAUUCCUUUGGCUCACAUGUGAUGACGAGACUGCAGGAAACCAACUUACUGUGGAAACUGAUGAGAAAGAUUUUUACUUCAGUUUCCUUAGUACUGCCCAGUUUCAUGUAUAAUUUGUGUGACCUUUGAGGAAAAGUACUUACCAGGAGGCCAUAGCAACUAAAGUACUUGCUAUGGAUUUGCAAUAGUUAGGUUGCAGAAAGUGAGAGCACCAAGCAACCUCAUCCCCCCCCUCCCCUUCCAGCACAUGACAACCACACAGCCCUGGCCUGGUCUGGUGUAAAACUGGCUUGUUAUAUUUAACUUUUGACAAACCUGUACAGAUUGAGGAAGUUUUGUAAUAUAGAUAUAUUUUUCAUUGUAUAAUUAUUAUUGUAACUAUUCAUAAUAAAAGGAAACAAAUAUC